CACGAGCAUGCGCAAGGCGCGCGGUUCGCAUGACGUCAGCAGACUGGAGCAGGCAGGCGCUGAGCCACGUCCUUUGCAGAUGGAGAAGAGGAUGAGGUUGUUACUGGUCACGGUGUGCUGUCUGCUCCUCGCUGCCACCAGGGGCGAGGAUGGCGCAAGGCUUCUGGCCUCCAAGUCCCUGUUGAACAAUUACGCCGUGGAAGGGAGAGACUUGACUCUGCAGUACAGCAUCUACAACGUCGGCUCCAGCGCUGCACUGGACGUGGAGCUCAGCGAUGACUCAUUCCCACCCGAGGACUUCGGAAUAGUAUCCGGAAUGUUGACAGUGAAAUGGGACCGAAUCGCUCCAGCUAGUAAUGUUACCCACACCGUGGUGCUGCGGCCUUUGAAGGCUGGCUACUUCAACUUCACUUCGGCAACUGUUUCCUACCUGGCCCAGGAAGGUGGUCCGGUGGUGAUGGGUUACACCAGCGCUCCAGGACAAGGUGGCAUCCUAGCACAACGAGAGUUCGACCGGCGCUUCUCUCCUCAUUUUUUGGACUGGGCGGCCUUUGGGGUCAUGACCCUCCCUUCCAUCGGCAUCCCCCUGCUGCUCUGGUACUCGAGCAAGAGGAAGUACGAUACGGCCAAGUCCAAGAAGAACUGAGCUUAAUUGGAUCGUUAGAAGAGGCUCCUCUCCCUGUUGUAUGCGACUGUGAUGGAUUUGACCAGCAGACUCGCUCUCCAACUCUCUCCCAGUUACAGUGGCACACUGCUUUGGCUUCACUUUGAGGUGAAUGUUAAUCAAAUGUUGAGAACGUGAACUACAAAGGCCAUUGCCUAUGUUAGCGCCGCGGGGCGGUCAGUGGUGGUGAAGUGGUUUGGUUGUUCUGAAAUGCUUCACAACUCCCUGUGCUGGUGCUUCCUCGUGUCCGGUCGUUGACGUUCGUGGGACAUCUACAAAUUCCGCUUCCAUCGGAGGGAGCAACCAAAACGAUCUCUGCCGCAUUGACCGCAGAUAAACAGCACUCGGAUCAUUUGUCCCCUUCUCGCAUGUAUUUCUCAUAAUGACCACCUCCCUGUCACUUGUGAUUCUUUGUCAAAAGCUGCUCAAUCCAGUCCCCCUCCCUUGGGCUGUUUCUGUGCAAAAUUCCUCUGCAUGUUCUGCUCACUGGGUCAAAUAUUUUCUCCCCAUCCUGCUGAGCUGGGACACCUUUCAUUCCUAUAAUUGUAUUAUCAGCUCCCAUUUCACUCAGAUUGUAUUUCAAUUUUAAGACUUUUAGCUAUAACACCUAUUUCUCUGCGACAAAUUCCAAGUUUUUUUUUAAGCAGGAGAGCAUUGCGGGACCUUAAAGAAUUAUUCUCGUCCAAAAACAAGCAGAAGGGUGGGGUUCGGUUCUGUAGAACAUUGCUUAGGAUGUCAAAUACUUUGCUCAGUUAGUACAACAGGGUGACAUGUGUGCAUUGUACAUUUGAGGUUUUUUUUUAAUAAAACCACUUUAAA